AUGGGAGAUUUUAAUUUUCGUGGAGAUGAUCAAGAAAAUAUUGAUCAAUUUAAUAGAUUACAAAAAUGGAUUGAUGUUUGGACUUAUUUAAUGGAUUCUCAUAAUCAUGGGUACACAUUUGAUACAGAAAUUAAUUUAAUGACAAAAAUUCAUUGUAAAACAUCAGAUCGAUCAAGAUAUGAUAGAAUUAUUUUACUAAGUCAAACAAUUGUUCCUACUGAUAUUCAAAUCAUAGGAAAUCAAAGUAUUGACAAUCAAGAACAUUUACAUGUAUUUCCAUCAGAUCAUUUUGGUUUAACAGCACUUUUUGAAAAGAAAUAA